AUGGUGGUACGUUUACCAUUCGAAUCUGAUGCCACUUUAUUGUUACUUCAAUUGCAACAAAACUCCCGAAGUGGAACUGGAAUGGAUGGACAAGGACGUUGUGACUUGUCGCACACACUCAAAGAGCCACAACAUUAUGACCCAAAAACCUCUCCUGGUAGCAACAAAGAAGGAAAGGAUGUGGAGAGAGAUCAUGGAAGGGAAGGAGAACCACAGAGGUCACAACUAUGUGUAUGUCCAGUGCAAGCUUUCGCACGUAACCAACCAAUGGCAUUGGAAAGAGAAAGGGAAAUGAUAAAGCAUGGUGAUGACACGUCACAUCACAUUAUAACACGAUUACCCCUGCACUGA